AUGGGCACGCUAGCACAGUCAACGGCGAUUGCUGUGGCACCAGAGGAUGUCGAAACGGCUAGAGCUACCAGCAGCCAUGCGGGGGAUCAUAGCGGAGAUGUCGCCGAUGUCGAUUAUUCGGUCUUCACGAUUAGCCAGCGACGAUUCAUUGUUUUCAUGGCGUCGUGGGCUGGUUUCUUCUCGCCAGUUUCUUCCCAGAUCUAUUUUCCAGCUUUGAAUACGCUGGCUCGGGAUCUUUAUGUUUCGAACUCGCUGAUCAAUCUGACACUUACGAGUUAUAUGAUUUUCCAAGGCCUGUCGCCCAUGUUUAUUGGUGAUUUUGCAGAUAAAGCUGGAAGGAGGCCUGCCUAUAUCGUGUGUUUCGCCAUCUAUAUCGCCGCCAACAUUGGACUGGCCCUGCAGAACAACUACGCGGCCCUCUUCGUCUUACGAUGUCUACAAAGUGCAGGAAGCAGUACCACAAUUGCCCUUUCUUCAGGGGUCGUGUCUGAUGUGGCCACUGCGUCCGAACGUGGAUCCUACAUGGGCUUCGUCACCGCUGGUUCUCUUUUAGGGCCGUCGGUUGGCCCGGUCAUUGGAGGUCUACUCUCGCAGUUUCUCGGCUGGCGAGCGAUUUUCUGGUUCCUCGUCAUCUUCUCGGGUGCUUUCCUAGUCCCAUUCUUGAUUUUCUUCCCAGAGACCGCACGAGGUGUCGUCGGUGAUGGUUCAGUGCCGCCUCAAGCCUGGAACAUGUCCUUGACAAGUUAUCUCAAAGCCCGGAAAGCUCGCGAGGAAGGCAUCGAAGUUCCCGUCAGCUCAUCUAGGCAGAAACUACGGUUUCCCAACCCUCUACAGACACUGGCAAUUGUGGCUCAAAAGGACAUCAGCAUCCUCCUCUUUUGUAAUGCUAUCCUCUUCGCUGGUUUCUACGAUGUCAGUGCCACAAUUCCCUCAAUUUACAACGAGCUAUACGGUCUGGACGAUCUCCAGAUUGGACUGUGCUACAUUCCAUUCGGACUUGGGGCUUCUGUUGCAUCCAUCCUGAACGGAAAGUUAUUGGAUUAUAAUUACCGCCGCAUAGCGAAGCAACUACGAUUUCCUCUCGUCAAGAAUCGCCACACGGACCUGAGAAAUUUCCCAAUCGAGAAAGCUCGCCUCCAGAUUGCCUUUCCGAUGCUUACAGUUGGAAGUCUCUCUAUCCUGGCUUUCGGGUGGUGUUUGAACUUUGGAGUUCCUUUGGCUGCCCCAACCACGAUCUUGUUUCUGAUGGGGUUUGCGCUGACAGGAGCUUUCAACACUAUGAGUACGAUUCUGGUAGACUUCUAUCCGACACAGGCUGCCAAAGCCACAGCGGCCAACAAUAUUGUGCGAUGCUUGCUCGGGGCUGGUGCGACCGCUUUGAUUGACCCCAUGCUUGCAGCCAUGGGCCGUGGAUGGUGCUUCACUUUCGUGUCGCUAGUUAUGUUAGCGACAUCUCCGUUGCUCGUGCUAGUCAUCUACAAGGGGCCGAAAUGGCGCGAAGAGCGUCGCCAAAAAGAAGACGCCAAGAAAGUUGAGACAGAGACGAGCCUUACGUGUGAGAAGUGA